CGGAAGUUUGCGCCCCGCAGGACAGAUCGCCACUCGUAGAGAUGAGAGGGUUUACACUGAAUCAUGUUUGCCAGUGCGGCUUUUUUAGUUGUCUCGUCUUAUUUUCUUUCAUGUCUUUUACGGCUGCAGUAAGAGUCGACUUGACCGAGCUUAGGAAUAAAGUUGCAAAAAUUAAAGUAAAUCCAAGAGGCAAUCUGUGGGCUACAGGACAUUUCAUGGGCAAGAAGAGUGUGAUGGAUACCCCCAUGUUGCCUCCGGCUGAAGGACAGGGCGCCGAUGCUCUGGAAGUCAGCCUUCCAGCCGAGCAAAGCGCUCUCGGGGAGCUCUUCCAAGAGUUUCUGAGGGUGGUGUUACAAGCGCAGGUGGAUACACAAGACAGCGGCUCGAAAGACCAGGAGGCAGACUUGCUGAUGAAGAUUUUAGAGAGCUACAUCCGAAGCAGAAAGUGAUGAGAGUCUGGCGCGCAUGAACACGGAUCAUCUGGACUCAUGGGUUAAAAUAAAUGAAUCAGGCACAGUCUCCUGCUCAUCAUGAUUGUAAAUCACCGCAACUGUCAUACCUAGCCUACAGCUCAUGUGCCAUUUGCAACCGAGUUUUUCUCAGUUUAUUUUGAUGAAAAUACUUCA